GGCGGGCCCCGCAUGCGCAUGGCAUCUGAGUACCGUACAUCCCUUCUACCUACCGACUAACUGUGUAGGACCGUGAGCGACUUCAGGAGUUUUGCGCUCACGCUGCGAUCGAAAAGCUCCACCCCGCGCCUUUGAAUUCGCGACUUGCCUAUUUACAGACAAGAGUACAAAAGCAACGUCAACAUGGCACAGCAGCAACCUCACGCCGCCGAUGGCUUCUUUGGGAAAGGCGAAGAUAUCCAUACCGGACCAGUAGCCACCCAAAUUGUCCAUCCCAAGGGUCCUGAGGGCACCGCGAGCUCUGAAAAUGAGCGUACCGGCGCACCCCUGCACACCGUAGGGACGGGCAACGAAGUUCUGGAGAGAGAUGCUCAGAGCAAGGGCCGCUGGUUUCAGUACGUCAAAACCAAGCAGUUCUGGCUGACUCUGCUGCUCGGACAAGUUCUGGCUAUCUGCAUAACAAGCACCAACACGCUCUCUUCUCUCCUGGCCAACGAAGGCACCUCGAUUCCUGCCUUCCAAUCCUUCUUCAAUUACGUCCUCCUCAACCUCGUAUACACGUCUUACACAAUCUACAAGUACGGUUUCAAGCGCUGGGCGCGUCUGCUUCUUGUCGACGGCUGGCGCUUCUUCAUCCUCGCCUUCAUGGACGUCGAGGGUAAUUACUUCGUCGUCUUGGCCUACCGCUACACCACCAUUCUGUCCGCGCAGCUCAUCAACUUCUGGGCCAUCGUCAUCGUCGUUGUAAUCUCGUUCUUCUUCCUGAAGGUCCGGUACCACUACACGCAGAUCGCAGGUAUCCUGUUUUGCAUCGGCGGCCUAGGCGUUAUCUUUGGCUCGGACCAGAUCACAGGCAGCAACUCGUUUGGCGCUUCUGACGAGGUCAAGGGUGAUUUGUUUGCUCUGCUCGGCGCGACUUUUUACGGUCUUAGCAAUGUGUUCGAGGAGUUCCUCGUCAGCGAGAGACCGCUGUAUGAGGUUGUGGGCCAGCUUGCAUUCUGGGGCAUGUUCAUCAACGGUACCCAGGCGGGCAUCUUUGAUCGCACGUCUUUCCGCAACGCGACAUGGAACUCGAAGGUUGGUGGUUACCUCACGGGGUACACGUUCAUUCUUUCGCUAUUCUACUCGUUGGCGCCGGUGUUGUUUCGUCUGUCGAGUGCGGCGUUCUUCAACAUUUCACUCUUGACUGGAAGCUUCUGGGGUGUCGCAAUCGGUGUCAAGGUGCUCGGGCUUAGCAUUCACUGGAUGUACCCCAUCGCCUUUGUCCUGAUUAUUUUGGGACAGGUACUCUACUUCAUCAAGCAGACCACGUUGUCGGAAGCAAGGAAGCCAUGGCUGGGUGAGGAUCAGUCAAAGGGCGUUGCUGGAGUGGGUACAGCAAGGAGGAGGGUUGAGAACCCCGAGGCAUUUGUGUAAGAUGAGAUACAGUAGGCUACUAGGCCGAAUCUCUCCUAGAUGGACGUAGUAAUGAUCAUAUGGUGACACGGGUAGUAGUACCGCGCUGUUCUCGCGAAAAUAAAUACAUAACUUUCGGCGCGUGAAAGACACUUCUUCGUUCGUCUAUGUGCACGACUC